AUGUCAAGUAGUGAGGAAAGUGAGUUGGAUCGGGAACUCGAAAAUGAAAACGACGAAUGGAGCCAUGAACAAAGUGUUUAUACUGUAGAGCCAGGAAAGAUCCAUGUCAGGACAUUUCAGGGGACAGUCAAGCAGAUCUUGCAGUUUUCAGAGGCAGAGGGGGACCCCAUUUUGUUAGAUGUGUGUGGAAAUUUUCUAGUUGCUGGAACAUCUGUGGGUUACAUUAAGGUGUGGGAUUUGUCAAGAAGGGAAGCUAAACAACACUGCAAUCCCAAGUCAUUAGAGGAAAGUAUAGCAGGGAUGGGCAAACUCAAAUCUGUCAGAUGCAACUGCAAUGGAACCAAAGUUAGCAUCAUGUGUGAUAAGGCAAACAACUCUCCAGAUAGCAGAAUUUAUGUCUGGGACAUAGAACUUGACGCUUUUCAAUCAUUUGACUUUGCAAUGGGCCUCGGCUUAGGAGCAGAUGAGGGCGAUAAAGAAAACCCUGAUAUCAUGAACAGAGUACAGCAGGCAGCCGAAAUCGCUGGCCGGAGACCUUUGGCGCAGUUUUGGGAUCCUACAGAACCGAAGUUGUUAGUCUGCGAGGCUGUACACAUUCCAGGAAUGUUACAGGAAACUUCAAAUAGCAAAUCAUCCUCGAGGAAACCGGUGAAUAUGACUGCUGCGGAUGCCAGUAGAGAGAGGCCACACUGUAAGUAG